CAGACCAUUACAUACGCCACAUAUGCAUAUAAUUCAAAGACGGCAGAACAAACACAAAGGUUGAAAUAUGGAGAUUUGGAGAUAGUAUUGAAAAAUGACCAUUUUGAAUUCGUUUGCAAAGGUGGUGCAGUGAUAUCAAAUAUAAAAGAAAUUUUAUUUAUGAAUUCAAAAAUUAAAGGUAUAACGGAUGAUAUAACAUCAAUUCCACCAGAAGAACAAAGAUAUUACGCAUUAAAUGCAUUUCCUAAAGUUUUGAAGAUUGGAAGAUUUAAUUUAAAUGAGGAAUUCAUAAAAGGUUUCCUAAAUGACAUAAUGAAGAAAGCAGAUAAGGAAUACGUUCAUACUGAGUUCGCAUAUGUGGCAAGUGUGUUAGUGAAGAAGGCAUAUAAGGAAUAUGUGGAUGAAAAAGAUAAUGAAAUUAUAAAAAGGGUUGAAUGGUACCAUGAACGGACAUCGAAGAUUUUAGAAGGUAAAGCCAAUACAGGGUGGGUUUCAGGAUGUUUAGACCUUAAAGCGGAUAAAACUUAUGUUAACGAUGAGUUAAAUAAGAAGGCAGAUAAAACAUAUGUUAACGAUGA